GAUCUAUAUGUAGAUGAGAGAAUGAUCCAACGAUCCACAUCCAAUCUUUUUGACGUUAUAAUCCCUCCACUUCCAUUUAAUUUCGGGUAACAACAACAAACAACAAUAAUAAUCACCAUUCACAACUUGUUUCCGCAAUUGCAUCUCACCCCUCAUUCAAACCCAUUUUUCUAGGUUUUCCUCACUUAUUAUUCCCUUCAUUUUCUCCAUUUUUCCAAUUCUGCUUCCAAGCUUCAUCCUCUGUUAGCUGAAAAUGGCAGACGGCGAGGAUAUUCAACCACUUGUCUGUGAUAAUGGAACUGGAAUGGUUAAGGCUGGAUUUGCGGGAGAUGAUGCUCCGAGGGCUGUUUUUCCAAGUAUUGUGGGCCGUCCCCGACACACUGGUGUGAUGGUUGGAAUGGGCCAAAAGGAUGCAUAUGUUGGUGACGAGGCCCAAUCCAAAAGAGGUAUAUUGACACUGAAAUACCCGAUUGAGCAUGGUAUUGUUAACAAUUGGGAUGACAUGGAGAAGAUAUGGCAUCACACUUUCUACAACGAGCUUCGUGUUGCCCCGGAAGAACACCCUGUUCUUCUUACCGAAGCUCCUUUGAAUCCUAAGGCCAAUCGUGAGAAGAUGACUCAAAUCAUGUUUGAGACGUUUAACGCUCCUGCUAUGUACGUUGCCAUUCAAGCUGUUCUUUCCCUGUAUGCCAGUGGUCGAACAACGGGUAUCGUGUUGGACUCAGGAGACGGUGUGAGCCACACGGUCCCAAUCUACGAGGGUUACGCACUUCCACACGCCAUCCUCCGUCUAGACUUAGCCGGACGUGACCUGACCGACGCGCUAAUGAAAAUCCUAACCGAACGCGGCUACUCUUUCACCACAUCAGCAGAACGUGAAAUUGUCCGUGACAUGAAAGAAAAGCUAGCCUACAUAGCCCUCGACUACGAACAAGAGCUGGAGACUUCCAAAACCAGCUCUGCUGUGGAGAAAAGCUACGAGCUGCCCGACGGUCAGGUGAUAACCAUCGGGGCAGAGCGGUUCAGGUGCCCAGAAGUCCUGUUCCAGCCGUCAAUGAUCGGAAUGGAAGCUGCGGGUAUUCACGAGACUACAUACAACUCCAUCAUGAAGUGUGACGUGGAUAUUAGGAAGGAUCUUUACGGAAACAUUGUGCUUAGUGGCGGUACGACUAUGUUCCCGGGUAUCGCUGACAGGAUGAGUAAAGAGAUUACCGCUUUGGCCCCGAGUAGCAUGAAGAUUAAGGUUGUGGCCCCACCUGAGAGGAAGUAUAGUGUCUGGAUUGGUGGGUCGAUUCUCGCAUCACUCAGCACCUUCCAGCAGAUGUGGAUAGCCAAGGCGGAAUAUGAUGAGUCUGGUCCGUCGAUUGUGCAUAGAAAAUGCUUCUGAUUUUUGCAACUGGGAUGACGAAAGUAUGCUGCUUGCUUGCUUGCUUAUAUUUUUACUAUAUUUUGAUUUAUGAUUUUUAAGUACGUAUAUGAUAUGUGAAAUUUGUCUAAAAAGACUAUUAUUGAUGUAUUGUACUACAGUUCCUUGAUUCUUUGAUUUUCAUAUUUGUUUUUGAAUUACUUUGAUGAUUACAUAAUUCUUGACUGGAUUGUUUCA